GGGGCACGGCAUGCCCUUCGCAAAGGGGAUGGUCGAAUAUCGGCUGAGGGAUCUGUAGAAGAGAUUUUAGCUACGGGACUGUUGGACGAUGUGACUUUUGAAAGUGAAGAAUUAAAGACCUCUGUUGAGGAUGUUAUAGUAAUUCCCACUAGAAAGUUCCAGCGAGCAACA